AUGGAGAACGAGGGGCCCAUGAACAACAACAAUGGCCAUGAUCUGAGCCAUGACCUUAGAAACGAUGACACCACCGACCUGCUAUGGAACAACCUUGAGUAUGAUAUGGAUGCUCUGCUCGGAGCCAAUGUCAAUGCUAGCGCUUAUGUUGCUGAAGAAGACGAGGACAACCAUCCCAAGGACAAGAAAUCCUCCAGGCGUGUAAAACGCCACACCAUGGAGCAACUUCAAGCACUCGAAAAUAUAUAUGAGCUUGGAGAAGGGCAGGAAGGCAGGGUCGUGCCACCGGCUGGGCAAACGGGCUGCAGGUUGCUCCCGUCUGGCUGCCUCAUUGAGGACAUGGGCAACGGCUACUGCAAGGUCACAUGGAUUGUACAUGCGGAGUAUGAUGAGACCACCGUGCCACCGUUGUUCAGGCCACUUCUCCGCUCCGGGCAAGCCCUUGGUGCACGACGCUGGCUCGCGCCGCUCCAGAGGCAGUGCGAAUACAUGGCCGUUCUGCGCUCCUUCCCCACAACCGAUGGGAGAAGGGGCAUCAUGGAGUUGGCCCAGCGGAUGACAGCGAGCUUCCACGCUGCCAUCUCCGGGCCGGUCACUCUGGCAUCGAGCAACGUCUUUGAAUGGCGUGGCGGCAGUGGCACUGGCUCUGAGAGGUUUGAGAUAGCCGUGCGCAUGGUGACUUGGUGUGUUAGCAAUGUGCCUAAUGGACAGCUUCCAGGCAUGGUGUUGAGUGCCGCUACAACGGUGUGGCUGCCCAGCACGCUGCCACAGCAUGUGUUCGACUACCUCCGCGAUUGGCGACACCAUGGCGAGUGGGGUACACACACGCAUGGUGCCACAGUGAAAGAGUUAGCCUAUAUCUCCACUGGUGGCUACCUCGAAGGCAAUGCCGUCUCUGUCCUCCGCCCCAAUGUUACUGAUGGAACAAACAGCAACAUGUUGAUCCUGCAAGACGUGAGCACCGACGUGUCAUGCUCGCUGGUGGUGUACAGUCCCAUCGAAGAGAAUGCGAUGCUUGCUGUCAUGAACGGUGGCGACCACACCUCUAGCUUCCUCCUUCCAUCCGGGUUCGCCGUACUCCCCGACGGACACGGCCUGGCUCACCACAGUCCGAGCACCUCCAGCGCUUUUGCCACUGCAGGGUCUCUUGUCACCGUGGCGUGCCAGACACUGUUGCCAGGCAUCACAACCGAUAACCUUGCCACUGAGGCCUUUGACGAUGCCGGAAAGCAGCUCUGCCAUGCGAUAGGGAAGAUCAGGGCCGCCGUGGAAGCUGACAUCAUCGUUCCAGCAUGA